AUUGAUAGCAUCCGCAUGCUCCCCUCUCCAUUUCUCUCCUCACACACACCUCUCCUUCACCCUAACCUUUUCUUUUUCCUCUUGCAACAGUUGCUUCUACCUUGUGUUGCUCCCUCCCUUUCCCCUCCACCUCUCUUGCUUGGUUUGCUUCCUCAAAAUCUCUAUCCAAAUCCCUCCUCCUCACCUUCCUGCGCCUGAAAAGUUGGGGCCAAUCCGGCGCUUUUAUCUGGUGGUGAUAAGCUGCACAUGAGAUCAUGAGCUCCGAGGACUCGCUCAAAUCCUUGUCGCUUGACUACCUCAACCUGCUCAUCAAUGGCCAGGCCUUCAGCGACGUCGCCUUCAGCGUCGAGGGCCGCCUCGUGCACGCCCACCGCUGCGUGCUGGCGGCGCGGAGCUUGUUCUUCAGGAAGUUGUUCUGCGGGCUCGAUCCGAAUCACCAGCCGCCGCCGCCGCCACCGCCGCCGUUAAACUGGCCGACGGCGGGGGGAGGCGGCGGCGGCUCUGGUGGUGGAGGGCGUGGCGGCGCCGGUGGUGGUGGAGGAGCGCCUGCCACGCCGGAGCUUGUCAUCCCCGUCAGCUCGAUCCGGUACGAGGUGCUCGUGCUCGUGCUGCAGUUCCUGUACAGCGGGCAGGCGUCGGUGGCGGCGCCCAAGAGCGGGCCGCUCCCGGGGUGCGGCGCCCGGGGUUGCUGGCACACGCGGUGCGGCGCCGCCGUCGACCUCGCCCUCGACACGCUCGCCGCCGCGCGCUCCUUCGGCGUCGAGCAGCUCGCCCUGCUGGUUCAGAAGCAACUGGAGAGCAUGGUGAAGGAGGCGUCGGUGGACGACGUGAUGAAGGUGCUGAUGGCGUCGCGCAAGUUCGAGAUGCAGGAGCUGUGGGCGACUUGCUCCCACCUCGUCGCGCGCUCCGGCCUCUCCGCCGAUCUCCUCGCCAAGCACCUCCCCAUCGAUGUGGUGGCCAAGAUCGAGGAGAUCCGCGCCAAGUCGCCGCUCGCCGCGGCGGCCGCGCCGCGCUCGCCGUUCCUGACGCACCACUACCUCCCCAUGAACCCGGCGUCCUCCGCGGCGGACCGCGACAACAAGAUCCGGCGCAUGCGGCGCGCCCUCGACGCCGCCGACAUCGAGCUCGUCAAGCUGAUGGUCAUGGGCGAGGGCCUGGACCUCGACGACGCGCUCGCCGUGCACUACGCCGUGCAGCACUGCAACCGCGACGUCGUCAAGGCGCUGCUCGAGCUCGGCGCCGCCGACGUCAACUCCCGCGCCGGCCCGACAGGCAAAACCGCCCUGCACCUUGCGGCGGAGAUGGUCUCCCCGGACAUGGUGUCCGUGCUCCUCGACCACCACGCCGACCCGAACUCCAGGACGCUCGACGGCGUCACGCCGCUCGACGUGCUCCGCAGCCUCACCUCCGAGUUCCUCUUCAAGGGCGCCGUGCCGGGGCUGACGCACAUCGAGCCCAACAAGCUCAGGCUCUGCCUCGAGCUCGUGCAGUCGGCGGUGAUGGUGACCACGCGCGACGACGGUGCGCCUGUCACCGGAGGCGAGGCCGGCGGAAGCGACGGCGGCAACUUCCCGCGGAGCGACGCCGACGACAGCUUGGUGAGCCUGACGAUGAACUCGACGCUAAUGUACCAGGGCCAGGAAAUGGCGGCGGCCGUGGCCGCCGGCGAGGGGAGGAAAAGCAACAACGGCCGAGGGAGCCCGCCGCCCGCCAUGUACUUCCCCAAUGGCUUCGCAUAAGUAAUAUUAUUCCCUAUCCUUCUCUUCUACUAGCCGUGUUGAGAUUUGUGGGGUUAUGCAUGGUUGACAAGAUGAGCAGCAAAUGGUGUAGCUAGCUACUAUAUAGCUAGGAUAAAUGGGCAACAAUUUAGUGGUAUUUGAUGUGGAUUGUUCGAUCUUUCGCAUGAUUGAUUCGCUUGCGCGCGCAGCAAACUGUUGCAUGCUAGCUAAUUUGUUCAAAAAGUUUCAAACCAUCAAGCAAUGUUCAUCUUGUAAUAUUGGAGCUGUAGUCUCCAAUGUGAUCGAUCCACCAGGAGAUGAGCAUAUGCUCGAUCCAGCUGCAGCUACUAGUGUUGAUGGCCUGAAGAAGAGGAUUUUUA